AUGGUUGAUAAGUUAAAACGUUAUGAAAAAAUUGAAUUUUUAGGAGAAGGUCAGUUUGCAACAGUAUACAAGGCAAAAGAUGUAGAAACAGAUGCAAUAGUAGCAGUUAAAAAAAUUAAAAUAGGAAGUAGAGCAGAAGCCAAAGAUGGAAUUAAUCGUACAGCUCUAAGAGAAAUAAAAAUAUUACAAGAAUUAAAACAUCCUAAUAUUAUCGGUUUGUUAGAUGUUUUCGGUCACAGGUCGAAUGUGUCAUUAGUUUUCGAUUUUAUGGAUACAGAUUUAGAAAUUAUUGUUAAGGAUACAAAUAUAGUUUUAACACCUGCUAAUGUUAAAGCAUAUAUAUUAAUGACUUUACAAGGUCUAGAAUAUAUGCAUAAUAACUGGUUUUUGCACAGAGACUUAAAACCGAAUAAUUUAUUAGUAAAUAGCGAAGGAAUAUUAAAAUUAGGAGAUUUCGGUUUAGCAAAAUUUUUUGGAUCUCCUAACAGAAUAUAUACUCACCAAGUUGUGACCAGGUGGUACAGGUCACCAGAAUUAUUAUUCGGAGCAAGAAUAUAUGGAGUCGGAGUUGACAUGUGGGCAGUCGGAUGUAUUUUAGCAGAACUUUUACUCAGGGUACCUUUUCUACAAGGCGAAUCGGAUCUUGAUCAACUCACAAAAAUUUUCCAAGUCUUAGGAACUCCCACAGAAGAAACUUGGCCGGGAAUGAAAGGACUCCCUGACUUUAUACAAUUCAAACCAUCGGUUGGAACUUCAUUAAGAGACAUAUUUACUGCUGCAACAAAUGAUUUAUUAGAAUUGUUGUCAAAACUCAUGGCCAUGUGUCCAUCACAUCGAUGUACGGCAACAGAAGCUCUUCAAAUGGAAUAUUUUCGGAACAAACCUUAUCCGACACCUGGGAGUCAGUUACCACUUCCAACCAGUAUUAGAUCUAGAAAACAAGAAGAAAGACAAACGUUAAAGAGAAAACUCAUGGAUAAUGCUCUCGAAGGAAUGUCAGCACCGAAAAAAUUAAUUUUUUAA